GACGUAGGUUCUGAUCAUCCCAACCUCUCCUAUUUAUUUCCAUGAUGUUUAGUUCUAUUACUUCACUCCAAACCUUCAUCGACAUCAAAGAAUAAAUAUGGAUUCGACUUCGGGCGCUCCCUUGCAACGCGCUCAGUACAAGCCUCUUGACGCUUCCCGCAACGAGAUUCGAGCAGGAGACGUAACGGCACAGAGCACCACAUUCGAUUCCAUAUACGCCUUUCAGGAUGUUCCAGGGAGAGGGAAAGGUCUCGUUGUAAAAGAGAAGAUCUCCAAAGGCACGCGAAUCCUCUCUGAAGAGGCCGUCGUCACACUCAGUGAAUCGGCCGGUAGCGAGCGGCUUCGAAUAUCCAUCUGCAAGCAAGUUGAAGCCCUGAGCGAAAUGCAGCGGCGAGACUUCCUGUCCAUGCACAACAUCCACCCAUACAGGAAUGCUGCUGAGCAGUAUCUCGGGAUUUUUCGAACAAACUCCCUACCUGCCGAAGCCGUUGGAGAUCGAGGGGCAAUCUUCCCAGAAGCAUGUCGCAUUAAUCACGCUUGCGAUAAUAAUGCACAGAAGAAUUGGAAUGAAAAGACCAAACGACACACAGUCCAUGCUCUGAGAGACAUCAACAAAGGCGAAGAGAUCACGAUUACCUACUUAGGCCCUCUCAAGAAUCGUAAAGCCCGGCAGGAGGUUCUUCGGGAAAGAUUCGACUUUGAGUGUUUGUGCCGUCUCUGCUCCUUGCCGCCAGAGCAGAGCCAGGAGAGCGAUAGGAGAUUGGAGGAUAUACACCGCUUAGACGGUGUCAUCGACCAACUCGGCGCAGAUGGGGUUUUAGUAUCCCCCCUCCGGACCCUCCGCUACUUUGAUCAACAGGUACGUCUCUACAUCGAACAAGGACGCGAGGACGUUGGUUUUGCGCAGGCCCUUGCCAAUGCCGCGCAGCUCGUUAUUGCCAAUAGCGACUUGGCAAGGGGACGCAUUUUCGCGGAGAGGGCGGCGUCUGUUUGGAAGACGAUCCUUGGCGGUGACAGCACGCAAGCUAUCAAGCACAGAGCUCUAGCACAGGACCCCUCGAAGUACGAGCUAUUUGGAGUCGCAAGGAAGUGGAAGACGAAAGUAGAUGAAACCCCGCAAGGACUCGGACCGAGUGACUUCGAGGACUGGCUUUGGAGGCGGGAGAAGACAGAACCCCUGGGACAACUUGCGAAUCUGCGGAGGCGCGCAACAUUCCCCGGGUUCACUGAUCUCCCAGACGAGAACGACGUCGAGCUGGAGUUUUAUGAGAGAAGCAAUACAGGUACAUACCGUCCGCGACGUCAUUGGUGCUUUUUGGGUGAGAUUGUGGAUUUCGCUUCGCUACUUCGUCUACAGAUGGAGAUCAAGGAUGUCGACGGUACGACAAUCCCGCUGUACUUCUAUACCGACAGCCGGGGCAGUGAACUAGUACCAGGACAGGUUCAAAAGGGGUACACGGUCGCCAUUCUCUACGCGGAGCGCCAUGCGUUUAUGUUCGGUGAGCCCGGUAUCCGCCAUGAGGAUCCCCGGACGAUCAAGAUCUUCCCACUGUCUCUGGAUAAGCUGCUGGCGUUGAACGACCAGGUCCAACAGUUCUCAGCGGAGAUUGGUGGUAUGAGAAUCUGUCACGGGUGCGGAAAGAGGGCAGCCUCUCUGCAACGGUGCAGCAAGUGCUCGUCGUUCUGGUAUUGCAAUAGGGUAAGACUACCAUUGAAAAUCGUCCUCAUUUUAUGUUGGGUUUGAUGCUAAUACGGGUGUGAUAAGGCAUGCCAAGUAGCUGGCUGGAACGAGAAAGGUCACAAGGCUGAUUGCAAGCUUCUUAAAGAUCCUGAUUUGCGGGGAUUGUUUGUUCUCGAAUGGGACAAGUUUGACAACCAUAUUCAAUUUCCUCUUCAAGCUGCGAAAAACCCCUAGAACAGUGCGCUUCCA